UCUUUUCCUUCUUUCCAUGCCACAAUCAUGAAACAGCGAAAUGAUGAUGAUCUGAGGAACCGUGUUUGUCUCGUGGCUCAUCGAUGAAGAAGAAGAAGAAAAGAUCCGAAAUCAGAAGAAAGUAACGAUUUUUCGAGAUGGGUCUGUCGAAGGAGAAUCUGAAAGGUCUCAUACUUGCUUUGGUGUCAAGUGGGUUCAUUGGGGCAAGUUUCAUCAUUAAGAAGCAAGGCCUCAGAAGAGCUGCAGCAGUUUCUGGUGUCAGGGCUGGUGUUGGUGGGUAUUAUUAUCUCUUGGAGCCACUCUGGUGGGUGGGAAUGAUCACAAUGAUUGUAGGAGAGGUUGCAAAUUUUGUUGCAUAUGCAUUUGCUCCAGCAGUGCUAGUUACCCCUCUGGGCGCACUAAGUAUUAUUGUGAGUGCUGUUUUGGCUGACAUUAUUCUGAAAGAGAAGCUACACAAUCUUGGGAUAUUGGGAUGUAUAAUGUGCAUUGCUGGUUCUGUCAUUAUUGUUAUUCAUGCUCCUAAGGAACAACCUAUUAAUUCUGUUCUGGAAAUAAUGCAUAUGGCUACUCAACCAGCAUUUCUGGCAUACGUGGGCUCAGUAAUAGUGUUGGUUUUCAUUCUGGUCUUCCAUUUUGCACCAAGAUGUGGCCAUACAAACGUGCUAGUUUUCACUGGAAUUUGUUCAUUGAUGGGUUCCCUCUCUGUGAUGAGUGUUAAAGCCCUUGGAACAUCUUUGAAAUUAACUUUUGAAGGGAAAAAUCAAUUAAUCUACCCAGAGACAUGGUUUUUUAUGUUGGUCGUGGCUAUAUGUGUUAUCAUGCAAAUGAAUUAUCUUAAUAAGGCUCUUGACACCUUCAACACAGCAAUUGUAUCUCCUAUAUACUAUGUCAUGUUCACAACACUUACAAUACUAGCCAGUGUAAUAAUGUUCAAGGAUUGGGAUGGCCAAAGUGGUGGAACUAUUGUGUCAGAAAUAUGUGGCUUUAUCGUUGUGCUCUCUGGAACAAUAAUGUUGCAUGCGACCAAGGACCUUGAAAGAAGCUCUUCUUUUAGAGGUAGUGGACCUUCAUCACCUUCGCUAUCUGCCCGGCUUUAUACUGGAAACGGGGACAUGUUACUUAAGCAAGAUGAGGAAAAUGUAUCUCCUUCUGAGAGUAAUAUGUGCUCUAGAAGGCAAGAAUUGUAUUAGAUGGUUUUACCUGACACAAAGAUAUUAGUUCAUUUAAUCAUAUGGGGAAGGAGAAGCCUUCCCUUGAGAAUCUGAAUGAGAUGCCCAUCAGAUUGUACCGUGCAGCUGCAGGUACCAUAAUAGAAUGAUGGGUGAUUUGUGAAGCCAUUCUUCUCUUUUGAGCUUCUCAGGAAUUUAUCCUCAUACAUUUUAGUUUGGACUUUGCAAGAUGGUUCUAGAACCAAUACCUUGCAGGGUACUUAGUGUACACUUAAUGUACAGCGUGUCUAUAGUUAUUUUGUUGUGUCAUGAAUUGUUUGUUCACUUGUCAUAGUAGUAGUGAAUAUGCUGUGAGUAGUCAUUAGAUUGAGUUUAGUUGUAUGUGUGAGGCUCUCCUUACAACCAAGUAGAGGUUAGUUUGUGAAAAACAUGGUGAUUUUGCUUUGUGUAUUAAUUUCAUUUAUUUGUUUUCUUUGUCAAUUUGGCUCAACAUACAGGAUUCAUUUGUGGUUUGUAAGUAAUGAAAUGUACAGGGAGCUAAGGAAUUUGUGUCAGAAUUGUAGUUUGCUUUGAAUAAAUAUGUUCCCAUUCUUAACA